AUGGGAAGACUGAAUGAUAGGUUUAUACCCCAGGAAGGCCCCAGCCAGAUGCGUAAGCCUAGUGAUGACAAGUGUCCUUCUUCCAGACCCCUGCACUAUUUAACUUCUCCUCUUCAUUCUAAAGACACUAAAAUGUUACCUAUGUCAUGUGACAAACUAGAUGUUCUAAUACUAUUUUGCGAUGCCUGUAAGAAAAUUUCUCUUCGAGUUCCUUCUCAUCUUCAAGCUGAAACACUUGUAGGUAAAGUGAAUCUGGAGGAGUGUCUCAAGUCUGCCACCCACUUCCUGUCAAGUGAUCCUGGCUUCAGAAUUCUAGAAGAUGGCUCCAUUUACACAACAGAUGACCUCAUUUUGUCUUCUAAAAGGAAGAGUUUUUUCAUUUUACUCUCAGACAGUCAGAAGGAGGAACAAAUAGAAAUAGAACUUGUACUGGCAUCAAGAGAAAAUAAGGCUCAUAAGAAGAGACAUACCAAAGACACAGGCCUUAAGCGCAGCAAAAGGCGAUGGGCUCCUAUUCCAUGCUCCCUAAUGGAGAAUUCAUUAGGUCCAUUUCCACAGCACAUUCAACAGAUCCAGUCUGAUACUGCACAGAACUAUACCAUCUUUUACUCCAUAAGUGGACCAGGAGUGGACAAGGAGCCCUUCAAUUUGUUCUACAUCGAUAGAGACACCGGGGAUAUGUUUUGUACACGAAGCAUAGAUCGUGAGCAGUAUCAACAGUUUUCGCUCUAUGGCUACGCAACAACCUCAGAUGGUUAUGCACCAGAGUAUCCACUCCCCAUCGUAAUUGUAAUUGAGGAUGAUAACGAUAAUGCCCCAUAUUUUGAAAACAAGUUGACUACUUUUAGUGUGCCUGAAAACUGCAGAAUUGGAACUUCAAUAGGACAAGUGACAGCGAUAGACAACGAUGAACCUGACACCUUACACACUCGCCUGAGAUAUAGAAUCUUACAACAAAUUCCAGAUCAUCCAAAGCAUUUUUCUAUACAUCCAGAAACAGGUGUUAUCACAGCAGCUACACCUUUCCUGGAUAGAGAACUAUGCGAUACAUACAAGAUAAUAAUGGAAGUGCGGGACAUGGGGGGUCAACCUUUUGGUUUAUUUAAUACAGGAACCAUCACUAUUUCACUUUUGGAUGAAAAUGACAAUUCACCAAUGUUCACAGAAACAUCUUACUUUGCAGAAGUAGAAGAAAACCGAAUUAAUGUUGAGAUUUUACGAAUGAAGGUAUUUGACAAGGAUUUGCCCAAUACUCCUCACUCUAAGGCUGUAUACACCAUCCUAAAAGGAAAUGAAAAUGGAAACUUCAAAAUUUCAACAGAUCCAAAUACAAAUGAAGCAGUCUUGUGUGUUGUCAAGGCAUUGAACUAUGAAGUCCAUCGCCAAGUUAUUUUGCAAGUCGGUGUACUUAAUGAAGCACAAUUCUCCAAAGCAGCUAACUCUCAAGCUCCUACUAUGUGUACUACGACUGUCACUGUUAAAAUUAAAGACAGUGAUGAGGGCCCUGAGUGCCAGCCACCAGUAAAAGUUAUUCAGAGUAAAGAUAGUCUUGCACCUGGUACAGAGCUCUUGGGGUACAAAGCAAUGGAUCCAGAAUCACGCAGUAGUGAAGGGUUAAGGUAUACAAAGAUAGGAGAUGAAGAUAACUGGUUUGAAAUUAACGAAUUAACUGGUGACUUGAAAACUGUCAAAACGCUAGACAGAGAAUCAAAAUUUGUAAAAAAUGACCAAUACAAUAUUUCAGUGAUUGCAAGGGAUGCAGAUGGCAGAUCCUGCACUGGAACAUUAGUAGUCCUUUUGGAAGAUGAAAAUGAUCACUCACCAGAAAUUGAUAAAGAAUUGACAAUUUGUCGCCAUGAUAAAGAGUAUGCUGUUCUGGAACCUUUUGAUCGAGACGGGCCAGACAAUGGUCCACCAUUUCAAUUCCUUUUAGAUAAUUCUGCCAGUAGAUUAUGGAGUUUAGAAUCAAAGGAUGGUAACACUGCCAUUCUUCGUGAACGGAAUCCGCUAGAUUAUAACUACUAUUCUGUGCCAAUCCAAAUAAAAGACAGACAUGGUUUAUCUGCAAAACAUGUUCUAUCAGUGAGAGUAUGUGACUGCACAAUUCCAUCUGAUUGUAGAAUGACUGCUAAAAGAGAUAGAGAUAUUGAGAUGUCAAAUGUCAUACUUGGAAAAUGGGCUAUUCUUGCCAUGGUGUUAGGUUCUGCAUUGCUAUUAUGUAUUCUGUUUACAUGUUUUUGUGUUACCGCUAAGAAGACAGUAAAAAAAUGUUUUCCAGAAGAUGUUGCCCAGCAAAAUUUGAUUGUAUCAAAUACUGAAGGACCUGGGGAAGAAGUGAUGGAGUCAAAUAUUCGACUCCCCACACAGACGUCUAAUAUUUGUGACACAAGCCUGUCUGUUGGCGGCCUCUGUGGUCAAGGAAUCAAAACACAGCAAAGUUUUGAAAUGGUGAAAGGAGGCUACACUUUGGAGUCCAACAAAGGUGGUGGACACCAAACCUUGGAGUCCAGCAAGGGAGUAGGUCAGGGCGUCACGGACACUGGCAGAUACGCAUACACGGACUGGCAUAGUUUCACUCAACCUCGUCUUGGUGAAAAAGUGUAUCUGUGUGGACAAGCUGAAGAACACAAACAUUCCGAAGACUACAUUCGUUCAUAUAAUUAUGAAGGAAAAGGGUCCGUGGCUGGUUCGGUAGGCUGUUGCAGCGAUCGGCAGGAAGAAGAGGGCCUUGAGUUUCUAGAUCAUCUGGAACCCAAAUUUAGGACAUUAGCAAAGACAUGUGUAAAGCAGUAA